GCUCUUUUCGGCUCCGACACCGGAAAUUAGGCAAUGGCACGGGGUCAGGCAGGGGGGGAGCGGAGCUGGGGAGAGCCGGGGCUGCUCCGGAGCUGCUGGCUCCGCCGGGGUUUGGGGUCCGAGAAGGAUCCGCGGGCUUCCCGAGUGGGAGCCCUUCCGCCUUCCCCGCCUGGCUCCUUGGCUCUGUCCCGCUGCCUGCACUGGCUCCUGCUCCUGCCCGCUCCUGCAGGUCCCCGCUCUGCCUGGCACUGCCCGCUGACCCCCAGAGCAGGCAUGGAGGGAGAGCCCACCCUGCGCCUCCGUAUCUUCAACCUCAACUGCUGGGCCAUCCGCUACCUGAGCAAGCGGCGGCAGCAGCGCGUGCGGCUCAUCGGGGACACGCUGCGCCAGGAGGGCUUUGACCUGGUGCUGCUCCAGGAGGUGUGGAGCGAGCAGGACUACAGCGACCUGAAGGUGAAACUAGCAGGCUGUUAUCCCUUCUCCCAUUACUUCCGCAGUGGGGUGAUCGGCAGCGGCCUCUGCGUCUUCUCCAGGUUCCCCAUUCUGGACACGCUCCUCUACCAGUACUCACUCAAUGGGUACCCCUACAUGCUCCAGCACGGGGACUGGUUCUGCGGCAAGUCCGUCGGUCUCGUCAUUAUGAAGAUCUCAGGGAUCAUCUUCAACGUCUACGUCACCCAUCUGCACGCCGAGUACUGCCGCGACAAGGAUGCCUACCUGCCCCACCGGCUGGUGCAGGCCUGGGAGCUGGCACAGUUCAUCCGACACACCUCAAAGGCGGCAGAUGUGGUGCUGCUGGGAGGGGACCUGAACAUGCACCCUGAAGAUGUGGGCAUCCGGCUGCUGCGCGGCUGGACGGGGCUGCAGGACGCCUUUGCUGAGGCCAUGCACUUUGAGGGCUGUAAGAACGGCUGCACCCUUGUCCCUGACAACUGCUUCACUGACAAGGCAGAGCUGCUGCCCUUCCCGCUGGGCAUCCGCAUUGACUACAUCCUCUACAAGGCCAUCUCCAGCUUCACGGUGAAGUGUGAAGAGCUGAAGACCACCACGGGGCGAGCCCCAGGCGUGGACAUCCCCUUCUCAGACCAUGAAGCUGUGAUGGCAACGCUGCACAUCCAGAGGCAGGGACAGCCUGCAGGUGCCACCCUUGGCACAGCUGACCUGGCCCUGGCAGACGUGCUGACAGAGGCACGGACAGAGGUGGGCGCGGGGCUGCAGGCGGCGCGGCGGCAGCGCUACUCCUCGGGCAGGAUGGCCGUGCUGGCCCUGCUGCUGCUGCUGCUGCAGGCUGCAGCUGCGCUGGGCACGCUGGCUGGGCUGGGCACGGAGCAGCCCUUCCCCAAGCUCUCCUUCUGCCUGCUGGCCUUCCUCGCCCUCGGCGUGCUCGUCCUCGCCGCCGGCCUGCACCUGUUCCACACCAUGGAGGUGAAGAUGCUGCACGGCACCGAGGACCAGAUGUGGAUGGUGCUGAGGGCCCUGCAGGAGCGUCCCAGUGAAGGCUGAGCUGAGGCUCUGGGUGUCCCACAGUGUCCCCUUGCCCACACUACGUCCCCUUUUUCAUCCUUGUUUUUAGCUGACUUCAGGUCUUAGGCACUGCAGCCAAUGCGGUAGUGCAGGUUUGGCAGCUGCCUCUGGGUGAAAUUAAGGUUUUUUGGGGUAGAUUUAUUGCAUUGACCCCUGUGAGAACCACAAUGGAGGCAGAUUUUUAUUGCUGUCUUUUUAAAUACACUCUUUUUUACAUGGAGGGACCCACUGGCCUGGCUGGAAGGCUUGAAACACUAAGGCUCCCCUUGCCUGGGGUGGCCUCAAAGUUUAAACUGGUGGCUGUUCUGGCAACCAGUCCUGACUGAUGGAAAAUAAAGGCAAUAUUUUAACCUUUG